AUGGCCCCUCCGACUGAAAAGGUGCUCGUCUUCGGCGCGACUGGCGUCAUUGGACGCUACAUCACCAAUGCGCUGGUUAAUGCUCAGCCGCCCUUCAAGCGCAUCGGCAUCUACACUUCGGCAGACACGGUCGAGCGCAAAGCCGCCGAGAUCCAAGCGCUCAAGAACAAGGGCGUCGACGUCUUCGUCGGUAGUUUCAACGACGAAGACAAGAUCCUAGAGGUCUACAAAGGCUUCGACACCGUCGUCAGCGCCGUGGGCCGCAACGUCAUCGCCGAGCAAAUCGGCCUCAUCAAGCUCGCCGAGCAGUCGCCCAGCAUCGCCCGCUUCUUCCCCAGCGAAUACGGGACCGACAUCAAAUACGGCCCGCAGUCGGCGACGGAGAAGCCGCACCAGCUGAAGCUCAAGGUGCGCGCCUACCUCGAGUCCGACGCCGUCAACCGGCUCGAGUACACCUACCUCGUCACGGGGCCGUACGCGGACUUGUACAUCCAGAAGAGCGCCCACGCGCCCGAAGCCGGCACCUUCGAUGUCCGCGCGAAGAAGGCCACGCUGCUGGGCGACGGCGACGGCAGGAUCAGUUUGACGACGAUGGAUGACGUCGGCAAGCUCGUGACGGCCGCGCUGCAGCACCCGGAGCACACGGCCAACCGCGCCCUCAUCGUCAACUCGUUCACGACGACGCCCAAGGAGAUCCUCGCCGAGUUCGAGCGCCAGACGGGCGGCGACAAGUGGGCCGUCGAGUACACACCGCUGCCCGCGCUAGAGCAGGCCGAGGCGCGCGCGUGGGACCAGGGCGUCCCGUACGCGGCCGUGUUCACGUUGAGGCGCAUCUGGACGCAGGGGGGGACGCUGUAUGAGGGUCGCGAUAACGAUCUCGUGAAGGCGCCCGAGAGCGAGACGCUGGGUGAGGCGGUGGCGAAGGCGGUUGAGGCGCAGGGAUAA